AUGGCCUCCAACGCCGUCAAGAGUGGAGCCGGGGGAGGUAAAAAUGCACCUUCAAAUACUUCCUCCAUGACCUCGAGCAAUCCAUCGAUCUUACUCGAUAAGUUCAACGGUCGCCGGUCUACACCUGAUUCGGAAGCUCUGGCAAGCUCGGAUGAUGAGGUUGAGCGACAAGAUCAUCCCCAGCCAACGGCGCAACCCCAAAAGCCCACGCGUCGAGCUUCAUGGCUGAAUGAUACGACAACGCCCACAGGUCCUCAACCCCGCAAGAGCUCGUUUGCCUCAAGUUCCAUGUCGCCAACCACGUCGCAUCCUAGUACGCCCUCUGCAGAAUCCAGUACAUGGGGUGCUCACGGUCAAGGAAGCUCUGGAGUUGGCCGAGGUCACACUACAGUCUCGACUGCAUUCCCCUGGGGAAGUGGAAUCUGGAAUAAUGAUUCCCGGAAGGAGCCUCCUUCGAGAUUGACUGAAGUGCUACCAUCUCCGACUUCCAUACACCCCCCCUCUGGAAAUAGUUACUUCGGCGAUAUGAAUAACACUCAGCGCGAUCCACCAUCAAACCCCAAUAUUCCUUUCGCCAUCCCCCUUCAUCCUACCCCGAAGACCUAUAGAUCGCAGUCAUACUCCGUAGGACAACUUGAUCCAGACUCACCGGCAUCAAUCGCUUCUUCUGGUACGGCGCAAAUGUUCACUGGCCGUGGUAGACCACUUCAGCAUUCUGGUCUGCAGCACCGCCCAUCAAGACCGAGCAUGCUUAGCGAGAUGUCCAACGAGGGUGGUCUGAGUAACCUAAAGGAGGUUGAUGAUGACGACGAUGAAAGCACGAAUGGAUCCAAUCAUGGAGUGACAUUGCAACAGUCUAAUGAAGCAAAGACGAUUGAGAUUCUCGCUCGAGAAAAUGCCAUUUUGCGGCAACAACAGUACCAUUCCCGCAUCCGACCACGAUCCUCAACAAGCAACACUUAUGGUUUGGGAGGUUACGGACUCCAGGAAACUCUUCCAGAGGAGUCCGAUUACGCCAUUGAUGAGCUUGAGGAACUUCAGCAAGAUAUGCAAACAAAAGCUAUGCUAGGACGUAGAAUGAGCGAGUACGGUGCCGCUGGUCAGCCUCGGAUGUCUCCAUCUUAUACUUCUUUGGAAAACCGCAAGCUUGAGAAUGUCAAAAAGGCUUACUGGCAAAGCUCACCUGGAUUCGGUGGACUGUCGGAUAUUCCACAAAGUAGACGUCAUUCUUUUGCUGAUGUCCCUACUCGGCAAGGCUCGAUCAGCUCCGUGGGCGACCCACUUUCUGCUCAUGAAAACAGUAUUCAAGACACCAUAUCACCCAAAGACUACCAAAGCAGGUAUCAGGAUGGCACUGGCUAUACACUCAAUGAUCAUGCUACAUCUUAUUUCGGUGGUAUCGCAACCCUUCCUAGAAACGUCGAUGCUUACGGCGCCCCUGUCUAUCAAACACCAGCCUACCCAUAUGCAAAUCCUACCGGCCAAUAUGGAAGUGGCCGUUCAGCUUCACCACAUCGAAGCAUGUAUGGUGCUCCUCAGCCACGACAGAAUCAACUUCUGUAUAUUGUGCUGUUCAAGUGCUCACGUGCAGAUGUGUUCUACGUCCAAGAAGGAACUGGAUUAGCUGUUAAACCUGGAGAUCUAGUCAUCGUUGAGGCUGAUCGAGGGACAGACCUUGGCACUGUUGCUCGAGACAACGUUGAUUGGAACACCGCCAAGGAGCUCAAGGAACAUUACGCCGAAGAGCACUACAAGUGGUUGAUGAUGUACUCUCAAGGCGCUGCAGGUAAUCAGGACGGCACUGGAGCCGGACUGAUGGCGGCUUCCAAUGGUCUACAAGGAAGUGCUGUGGGUGGUAUGGGCCCUCCGAAUCAACACGGAAUGCAAGAACCAAAUCCUGGCGAAAUCAAGCCGAAGAUCAUUAAAAGACUGGCUCAGCAGCACGAGAUACAGGCAUUACGAGACAAAGAAGGCAAUGAGGCAAAGGCCAAGAGAGUAUGUAUGCAGAAAGUUAAGGAGCAUGGACUGCAUAUGGAGAUCCUUGAUGCAGAAUUCCAAAUGGAUUGGAAGAAAUUGACUUUCUAUUACUUUGCCGAUGCAUAUAUCAACUUCAAUUCCCUUGUCACCGACCUCUUCAAAGUCUACAAGACGAGAAUCUGGAUGUCCGCAAUCAAUCCAGCUUCAUUUGCCAGCCCAUCGCUUGGCCUUCAAGCUCCAAGCGGUAUAGGCCCAGGUGCUGUUGGCGUUACUAGAACCCCUACAGAGAGACGCCCACAAGCCCUUGAUCAGCCAUCUUACCCACAAGCUUCUCGAGGCUAUCAAGGAGCCUUCGCCCAGCCAUUUGCUCCUAGUCUUGACCGUAACUCAAUGCCGCCACCAACGUUUCAGCCGCCUGGCUAUACCUACGGCUAUACGCCAUUCAAUGCAGCUCCACGUGCACCAGGCAGCUUCGUCCCUCUUGACCAAUUCGGUGGCUUUCCGUCGCAAGCUGGUUACCAAGGACUUCCGCAUCGUUUUCCAUCGCCUCCCGAAGCUGCUGAUGCAGGGGAAUUUGGCCGACAUGCAAGUGGUAUCCCGACUCCCAAUGAUGGUUGGGUUUCAACGUUUCAAGGUCUGUCUUUGAACAGUCGUUAG